AUGGGAGAUGUAGAAACUGGGCUAAAAUGGACCUGGAGAGUAGUGGGAAUUAAAGUUGAAAGAAGGCCAGGCCUGUUGGCUGUUGGGGAAUUAAAACAGCCCCUACAGCACUUCGCUCGUAGAGCCGAAAAAAUCCCAAUCAGAAAUCAACAAUCCCAGCCCAGGCAGAGCAGAAUCUGUACAAGCAAGAUGGAAGAUACCGAAAUGUUGGAACAGCAGCUGCCUGAGGCUUCCCAAGUUAACCUUGUUGAUACUGCUGUCCAAGAGCAACAGUCCUCACCCCCCACUAAGGAUCAAAAUGCCAAUGAAACAAUUGCUGAUACAACUUCAACCUUGCCCACUGAUGUUAACAUGACUGAUAAUCCUCCUAUGCCCGUUAAACCUGAUAACAUAUCUUCCAAUGGUGCUAAUACCGAUCCUUCUGAUGCUCCUCCUGCUGAACCACUGGAGCAGAAAGUCAAUGGAGAUGCUACUCCCCUUCGCUCUCUUGCGCCUGAAUCUGGACCCGAGAAGGUGGAGAAAUCAAAGAGUUGGUUGCUUGAUCCUGAGAUGGGGGAGGCUGAUGAAGCUGGAACACCAGAGGAGCGAGCAGCAUUCAUGAAGGAGCUGGAAAGUUUCUAUAAGGAUAGGUCAUUGGAAUUCAAGCCCCCUAAAUUUUAUGGAGAACCGCUAAACUGCCUUAAGUUGUGGAGAGCAGUUAUUAAAUUGGGUGGCUACGAAGUGGUUACUGCAUCAAAGUUAUGGCGGCAAGUGGGAGAGUCUUUCCACCCCCCAAAGACCUGCACAACUGUCUCUUGGACAUUCCGCAUAUUUUACGAGAAGGCACUGUUAGAAUAUGAAAAGUAUAAGAGAGAGAAUGGUGAGAUUCAACUUCCUGCUUCUUCACUCCCUCAUGCAAGUGGUGAAAAGGAGUCAAGUGGUUUCCUAGCCUUGGGGUCAGGUAGGGCACGCAGGGAUGCUGCAGCUCGUGCCAUGCAGGGUUGGCAUGCUCAACGUUCUGUUGGAUAUGGUGAGAUUACCGAGCCCAUUGUGAAGGAGAAAAUCAUGGGUUCUGCUCCGAAACGUGAAAGACAUCUCAAAAGUAUUGGUUUGCAGAAGCAGAAGAUGCCAAUAAGCGCAGAGCUUGAUAAAUCUGCACAUGAUAAGCAACUGAUCACUGAAAUUGUUGAUGUUGGAACCCCUGCUGAUUGGGUGAAGAUCAAUGUCCGUGAAACUCAGGAUUGCUUUGAGGUAUAUGCUCUGGUCCCUGGGCUUCUGCGUGAGGAGGUACGAGUUCAAUCAGAUCCUGCUGGACGUGUGGUUAUCACUGGCCAACCAGAGCAAGUUGACAAUCCUUGGGGUAUCACGCCCUUUAAGAAGGUAGUGAACUUACCAUCGAGAAUUGAUCCGCUUCUGACAACUGCUGUUGUGAGCUUGCAUGGUCGACUCUUUGUUCGUGUCCCUUUUGAGCAGGGAUCAGCAGCUUGAACCUCAUCGUGUUGUUUAGUUUAGAUUGGUUGGCCACAGUCAUUGUAGGAUUAAUGUAAUUAGGAGUAAACUCUGGUAUUGUUGGAUUAGUUGUAAUUUUCCUUGUGCUUGAUUUUAUUCAACGCUGAACUAGUUGAAAAGCCCUUUGUGAAGGGAAAAAGGGAAGUUAAAAAUCUCCUCAAAAUCAAUUGAUAAAAGGAGAGCGGAGAUUUGGUAAAUUAAUGCAAGUUAAAGACUUGUGCAAACAAUAGUUUAGUUUGGUCAAUUUAUGAUUUUGGUCCCUUUACUAAUUCAAA